AUGGUCUUGAAAUUUCUUAGAAUGGGAAUGGUUACCUUUUCUUUGUAUUCAUUGUUUGCUAUCCCUAUCUUAUUUCCAGUAAACACAAUUAAUCAAGGUCAUUUAUCUGGUUUAAAUUAUUUAACUAUGGGCAAUGUGACUGAAGAUAGAAGAACUUGGGCUCAUUGUUUGUUAGCUAUCAUUUUAUCCAUUCUAGUUUGGUAUUACACAUUUCGUGAAACUAAAAAUUACAUCAACUUGAGAAGACAUUUCCUUUUAAGUUCGGAUUACGCAAAUUCUGUUGCUGCUCGCACUGUUUAUAUCCCUUCUAUUCCAGAAGAAAUCAAUAAUGUAGAAAGUUUACAAAGAAUGUUUGAUAAAUUUCCAGGUGGCAUUAGACGAAUUUGGCUGAAUAGGCAAUUAAAUGAUCUUCCGGAUCUAGUACAGAAACGUCAAAAGUACGCAUUAAGUUUAGAGGCAAAAUUGACCAAGGCUAUUUUGGCUACCUAUAAAUAUCAUAUCAAAAUAGGUGAUUCAAAUAGAAUAAAUGAACAAGGUUUAACACAUGCUGAUAUUCCUUCAAAAAUCAGACCUACUCAUCGUGAAAGCUCUAUGCCCAUUCCAUUACCAUUCUUUGGUCAUAAAGUAGAUAGUCUACAUUUUUAUCAUAAUCAAAUUAAGGAACUCAAUGAUACUAUUGCUGAAAAACAAGAAAAUGUAAUUCAUUUUUCUCAAGUUAAAUCGGCCUUUAUUGAAUUUAAUCAACAAAUUGCUGCUCAUAUGGCGGCUCAAACGUUGGUCUAUAAAGAAUCCAUGCAAAUGGCUCCUCGUUAUAUCGGUAUUACUUCAUCAGAUAUCAUUUGGGAAAAUAUGAAUAUUGGUUCAUAUGAAAGAUUAAUUCGUCGAAUGAUUAGUUUAACUCUAACCACAGCCAUUGUUAUCUUUUGGGCUAUACCAGUUGUCUUUGUUCAAGCAAUUGCCAACAUUGAUACAUUAGCUAAAGCUUUGCCUUUUCUAAAUGCAAUUAAUAAUAUGGGCCCUACUGCCGUUGGUAUCAUUCAAGGUAUCCUUCCCGCUGUUUUCUUAUCUAUCUUGAUUUCUUUAGUUCCUAUCAUCUUUACUAUCCUUUCGAAAAAUGAAGGCAUUCCUCAAAGAUCUUUUGUUCAACUCUCCCUUCUUCAUAAGUUUUUCUUCUUUCAAUUGGUAGAUGUCGUGCUUGUCUCUACAUUGUCAGGUGGCUUUAUGACCAUAGUAGAUAAACUGAAUAAUUUCGUUCAUAAUCCUUUUGAAAUCAUCAACGUUUUAUCAACCAACUUACCCAAGGCAUCUACUUUCUUUAUUACCUUUGUUAUGCUUCAAUCCACAAAUCAAUCUGGUCAAAGUAUGGUUCAAGUCGUACCUUUCUUAUUAUCUUAUGUGAAACCAUUCUUUAACACAACUCCUCGUGAUCUGUACAAUGCCAAAAUAUCCUGUCUUACCGUCAAUCUUGGUACCCUCAUCCCUAGUCAAACUGUCAUUUUUAUUCUAGGCCUUGAAUACGGUGUCAUCUCUCCUCUCAUCUUACCCUUCGUUUGCCUUUUCUUUAUACUCCAGUACUUUGUCCAUCUCUAUCAAUUUUUAUAUGUCUAUGAAAUCAACCAUGAAACAGCUGGACGUCAUUUUCCAAGAGCCAUUCGUCACAUCUACAUUGGCUUAAUUAUUUCACAAUUGACCUUGGUCGGCCUCUUUGCUAUUCGAUCUGGAGCUCGUGGUCAAUUAGGAUUGAUGAUCGUGACCUUGAUUCUGACUUGCUUUGUUCUCUAUUACUAUGAUCGUGCAUUCAAACCUUUAUUGAAAUAUUUACCUAUCUCUGACUUUAGUGAUCCUGCUGUAGAUCAUCACAAAGGACAGGUUAAAAGGGACGAGAUUCAUGUAUCUAAAGAGGAAGUGGAACAUCAUGAUCAAAAGGCACCUGAUCAUAUGAAAGAAGAUUCUAUCUCGGAUGAUUUGUCUUCCCCUGCUGUUGAUACUGCCGAGGAAGAAGAAGAAGAAGAUAGCACAGGCUCUCGUCUUAAACAUCGUCGUCAUCAUCAUCAUCUUUCAAAGUUACCUACUCAUAGUUCUAUUCAUUCACCUACACAGACUGAAGGCCAUCAUGCUCAUCAACAAUUGUUAAAACGACUUUAUCAUGAAAAGCAAAAGAGCCUUCCGGAUAUUCAAAGGGAUCAGGAUCGUAUCAUUCAUACCGCUAAAUCCUUGUAUGAUGUCGAAACUUACUUGCACCCCUCUGUUUAUACACCUUGUCCCACCAUCUGGAUCCCUGAGGAUGAUCUCGGAAUCACUCAAAAGGAAAUACAGGAGCUCAAGUUGAUCGGUAUCGAGGCCACCAGUAGAGGAGCUGCUGUUGUACGUAACGAUAAAGGGAAAGGUAGUAUUACGAUUGAUGAGCAAAGUAUCAUUCAUGACGAUCAAGGUAUGCCAGGUGGUCUUUCGUCUAUCAAUCGACAAGAAUCCGAUAUAAAUGAUUUUGUUCGUGUUUGGGUCGAUAGUUUUAAUUUUGCUGAAGCUAUUACUAUCAUGUAA